AUGCACUCGAUGCGACAACGCUCCUGCGACAUCUUCGCCUCGACCGUGUCGGCCUUACUCGUCACGGCAGUUCUAACGGCCACCUCGACGAUUUUACGAGACCUGGUGUUGCGCCCGCGUCCGCUGGUCUCGGGCGUGCGUGUGUCGAGCUUCUCGGCACUGUACCACGUGCGCAGCCCUACGCUGCUGUCUCCGGAGAUCCCUGAUGCGGCCAUCUACUACCGCCCCAGCACCGGCAGCGACGGCCACAGGACCGCGGCAAAGCAGCUUCCGUCGAAUAUCGAGAUCGUGGACACGGUGGAUCGGCCUGAGGACAGCGAGGAAGAUCGCCAGCGCAAGAUGUGGCAGCGGCAGCGCUUACCGAAAGGCUUCGAACUCGGCAUACGCACCAUCGAUCGCGUCGUGCUGUAUCUUUCUGGCUCGGUGGACUUCUCUCCCUGCUGGGACUGGAACACGAAAGCCAUCUACGUCUCCUUCAUCGCGCGGUUUCCGUCGAAGUCGGCGCCUCAGAACGACGUCGUCCUGCUCGAUGCGGUACUGCGCCCGGUGUCGCUGCCAGCGAAGAUCGCGCGGUUGGCGAAGCUGCGUCGCCAAGAGCGGCGAGCCGCGCUACCAGGAAGCCUCAACGAGAGAGCAACGGGGGAGGCCGGGGCCUCUCCCGCCGCGACGAUGUUGGCAGACGAAGAGCGGCAGCAGCUCGCUGCCUUUGAGCAGACUCUGCGCAAUGUCGAACACGAUCACCCCUCCGUGUACAUUGACCAUAUCGACAAGCGGCUCGUGUUGAAUAACUCAUUCAAGUACUUUGUGGACGCCUUUGACGACACCUCUCUCGGAGGCAACACAGUUGAGGUGGUGCUGCGCUACCAGGUGAUGAGCUACUCCGGCUGGGCACCCGUGCGGGAGGAUGUUCUUGGGCACCAGGUAAAAGUAAAGAUGCCAGAGAAUGCUGUGCUGUGGAAGGCGCAGCAGUGGUGA